AUGAUGCAUAUCCUGGUUGCUGAAGACAAUAAGGUGAACCAAAAGCUGGUGACACGCCUCCUGCAGCGUCUCAGCUGCACCGUCUCCAUCGCCCACAAUGGCCAGGAAGCUCUCGACUAUCUCUCAGCGUCGCCCGCUACACAUCAUAGGCCUGACGUUAUACUCAUGGACACAGCAAUGCCUGUAAUGGACGGUAUCAGAGCAACAAGCAUCCUCCGCACGUCACUACCUUUUACAGUAGAUCCGAAAAUACCUACAACCCCGAUUAUUGCCAUGACGCCAAUCAGCCUACGUGUCCCAGGCCAGACUGAAGAGUGGCUUAAAAGAGGCUUUGAUGACGUCCUACCAAAACCCUUCCGACUCGAAACCCUGCGAAUGAUGCUCCUCUACUGGUCGAAACGGAGGAUUUUUCCGAGACAGGGGACUUUGUCUGCUCCUGAGACCGGAAAAGUGGUUCCUAUUCCAUAUGGGUUCUUGUUGCGAAAGGGGCUAGAGCGCGAAUGGGAUAGAGUAUAG